AUGAGCGCCAUGGGAAUUAACCUGAUUUUGGCCAUUUCGAUGUUUUAUUCAAUCAUGGAAACAAAUUCCCGCUUUGAAUUUACGAACUUAAACUGCACUGAUUUUGACCUGCGAGUUGGGGAGUUCGAGUACUGCAACUUAAAGUCGAUAAAUCGGAGCUACAAAUAUGUUUCCGGAAAGUAUAAGUUACAUCAAAUUCCGUUGCCAAACAUGAAGAUAAAUUUCAUAAUGUGGAAACGACUCAACGGAUACAGGCCUUUUCUCUACAACAUAACAGUAGAUGCAUGCAAAUUCAUUGAGAAUCCAAAAUCAAACCCGGUCUUCAAAUAUAUAUUCGAAUCAUUUUCCGCGUAUUCCAAUGUGAACCACUCGUGUCCCUUCUCGAGCGACUUAAUUGUGGAAAGGCUGCCCAUUGGCUUUAUGAAUCACCGAGUAACUGAAAUUCUUCCCAUCCCCGAGGGCAAUUACCUGGUUGAGUUUCACUUCAGUCACCGAAAAUCUAUUUUUGCAGGCACUCGAGUCUAUUUUACUAUUUCAUAA